AGUCAGAUCCCGCUAAGAUGUACAACGCGAGAUCGCGUGGCAACGCUGCCAACGAGGGGAUUUCCCCCAAAAGAAUACUCACCAACGGCUCCCUGCUCAUCCUCAUCCUUGGCGUUGGGCAGGUGGCGUCCAUGUCGCUGGAUCGCCUCGCCCUGGAGAGGAACGAGUUGCCGGCAGAGCAAUCGCAUCAACAACAGCAGGAUGUCCUCGUGGACGAUAUGAAACUCACCUCCAUUCCCUCCGCCGACUCCUCGGACAUGUACAUGCUGGUGCCCGAAACGGUGGCCAGCCAACUGGAAGACACCGAGCAUGUGAAUCGCAACUCCAUCGAAGCCGAUCCCGAGUCGGAUCCCUCCAGUUCUGCAUCCUCCUCCUCCUCCGACAUGCUGAUGCUGGAGAGCGACUCCAGUCCAGCUAUGCAGUUGGUGGAGCUGCCCAGCGACAUUACGGUGGCCGAAUCCCAGCCAGAAUCGGAGCACGAUGUGGAUCAUCAGCAGCCCGAGUCAAUUGAGGAGCAUGUGGUGUUGAUGAAGCCCCUUAGCCAGGAGGCUCAGCUGGAGCAAAUAAUGGACUUGGCCACAGAAGCGGCACCAGUUCCCCUUCAGGAUGAUCAAGCAGAGGAUGAGGAGUCUCCAGCUGCCCCUGCCACCGAAAGUGUGCUUGAGGAAUCGGAGAAGGAAGCCGAGCCACACAUGGACGAUCAGUUGCCCGAGGAAUCGGAAACUCAGCCGGAACAGGUGCUCCCCGAGGAAUCCCAGCCAGAAAGGUUAGAGAAUGGGGCUCAAUCUGAGAUUGAAGCUCAGCCAGAGCUUCAUGACCAACCAGAAAUGGAGGUUGAAUCUCAGCCAGAAGCUGAAACUCAGCCAGAGGUUGAAUCCCAGCCAGAAGUGGAAUCCCAGCCAGAGGUUGAAUCCCAACCAGAAGUGGAAUCCCAGCCAGAAGUUGAAUCCCAGCCAGAGGUUGAAUCCCAACCAGAAGCUGAGUCCCAACCAGAAGUGGAAACCCAGCCAGAAGCUGAAUCCCAGCCAGAAGCUGAAUCCCAGCCAGAAGCGGAAGCCCAGCCCGAGGCAGAAUCCCAGCCAGAAAAGGAACCCGAACCCGAGGCAGAAGUGGAAAAAACCAGCGACAACGAGGUGGACACCACGGAGGCAUCUCUGAUGGAAACCCUGGUGGAGGGCAUCGAAGAUGGUCUGACCGCCGCCAUGGACAACCUGGUGCCCGAAGAAUUGGCUGAGGCCAGUGAGAACAAGGAGCCGGAACAGGAAACCGAGGAAGAGCAGCAGCUGCCAGUCACAGAAGCCAUCAAUGAGCAGGCAAUUCCGGAAGUUGAGCAGCAAAAGGAGAAGGAACCCGAGCAACUCACCCUGGCCGAUGAGGCAGAGGAAGAGUCUGUCCCAGCCUCGAAUGCCGAACCAGUUGAGAUUGCUCCAGAGCAGCAAGUUCAAGAGGAGAUUGCUCCGGCUGAAAGUCUCGCGGAAGCCAAGCCUGAGGAGGAAACUCAGAUGGAGGAUGAGGCUAAGCCACUAGAGGAAUCUAAACAAGAGGAGGAGGUCAAGGCGCAAGAGGAAGCCAAGCCAGAAGAGGAGCCCCAGAAUGAUGCAGAGAUUCAGCCGGUGAUCAGCGAAAUGAAACCAGAGGAAAUUCCAGCUGAAGUCCCUGCCGAGAUCCCUGCUGAAAUCCCUGCUGAAACCCUCGCUGAAGUUCCAGCUGAAACUCCUGCUGAAAUCCCAGCUGAUGAAAUCCUAGCAGAAGUCCCAGCUGAAAUCCCAGAAGAAACUCCUGCCGAAACUCUUGCCGAAACUCCUGCCGAAACACCUGCUGAAAUCACAGGUGAAGUCCCUGCUGAAAUCCCAGCUGAAACCCCUGCUGAAACCCCUGCUGAAACCCCAGCUGAAACCCCUGCUGAGAUCCCAGCUGAAACCCCUGCCGAAAUCCCAGCUGAAACCCCAGCUGAAACCCAAGACGAAAUCCUAUCCGACUCCAUCCAAGCCGAACCCGAAGUGGAGAAGGAAGUCCAGCAGCCGGAGAAGGAAACCAAGCCCGCCGAAUCCUCCCUGCUGACCACCAUCAUACCCAUGGUGGUGGCCCAACCCCAGGUGCCAUCGCAGCCCAUCCAGGUCCAGGAUAGUGUGCUCAACUACGUCAACGCCUCGUUCCUGCAGCAGCAGCCUACGGAAUCGGAUCUGCCCAAGACGGAGGAUGAAACCCCUGUCAAUGCCCAUUUGAGACGAUAUGAUGGCGCCCAAGUGUGGCGCAUUGUGGUCCAGACCGACAAGGAUAAGCGAAUGGCCGAUGAACUGCAGUCCAAAUAUGAUGGUCAGCUGUGGAAGGAGGUCAAGCAGGAGGUGGACUAUCUGCUAAAACCCCAGGUUUUGGCCGCCGCCGAGCGUCACAUUCGCGCUGCCAAUCUUUCCCGCAUUGUUCUCAUCGACAACCUGCAGCACGUCAUCGAAAAGGAGAAUCCCCCAGCGGAGAAGAUCGCCGAACUCCAGAACAGAAAGGGACACCGCCUCACCUGGCAGGCCUACCAUCGUCUGGAGGACAUCCAUGGCUUCAUUGACUACAUGGCCAAGACCUAUCCGGAUAUUUGCUCCACGGAAAUCAUUGGCUACUCGGUGGAGAAGCGACCCCUGAAGAUUCUCAAGAUUUCCAAUGGCAAUGCCCGUAAUCCUGGCGUCUGGAUCGAUGGUGGAAUGCAUGCCCGCGAAUGGAUCAGUCCGGCAACGGUCACCUAUAUUGCCAACCAGCUGGUCGAGGGCUGGGAGGAUCUGCCCGAGCACAUGCGCAGCAUCAACUGGUACAUCCAUCCGGUGGCCAAUCCCGAUGGCUACGAGUACUCGCACACCACCGAUCGCCUGUGGCGCAAGAAUAUGCGUGCCCAUGGACGCCAGUGUCCUGGAGUGGAUCUCAAUCGAAACUUUGGCUACAAAUGGGGCGGCAAGGGCACCUCCGCCAGUCCCUGCUCCCAGACAUAUCGCGGCAGCAAAGCCUUCUCCGAGCCGGAGACCUUCUAUAUCUCCAAGUUCAUCAGCGGUUUCCCCAGGGAGACCUUCCAGGCGUACCUCUCGUUCCACAGCUACGGCCAGUACAUCCUGUACCCAUGGGGCUACGACUACCAGCUAACCCAGGAUCGUGCUGAUCUUGAUCGUGUGGCGCGACAAGCGGGAACGAGCAUCACCAAGUCGACGGGAGUGAAGUAUACGGUGGGAUCCUCCGCCACAACCUUGUACCCCGCCGCCGGAGGCUCCGACGAUUGGGCCAAGGGCAUUGCGGGCAUCAAGUACGCCUACACCAUCGAAAUGGGCGACACUGGACGGUACGGCUUCGUCCUGCCCGCCAAGUUCAUCCAGUACAAUGGCAAGGAUGGCGUUACCUUCGCCGACACGGUGGCCAGGGCCAUUGCCCAGGGACGCGGAAAAUCGGUGGCCAGGAACGGCAGUGGCAGCCGGAGGCGUCGCCACUAGUCCAGUCCACUUAGCUCAAUGCGAUUUUUUUGUAAAUCAUCCUAAUGAUUUUUUUUUUUGCUAUUUAUAUGAAUACUAUUUAUUUAUUUAUUUAUUCUACUUGUAACUAGACAAAUUGAACACACACAAAAGAACACAC